AGAUGACACCAGUUACUCGACAAGAAGUUCUUGGCCUUUACCGCAAGAUAUUCCGAAUAGCCAAAAAAUGGCAAUCGGCAUCAGGACAGAUAGAAGAAACUAUUAAAGAGAAAGAGUACAUUAAAAAUGAAGCCAAAACAUUAUUCCGAAAAAACAAAAAUGUAACAGAUCCAAAGUUGAUUAAGCAGUGUAUAGAAGAAUGUGAGGCAAGAAUAGAAAUUGGACUUCACUAUAACAUCCCCUACCCGAGACCUAUCCAUCUGCCUCCUAUGGGUCUUGCCCAUAAACAAGGCCGUAUGUUGCGACACCAGGAAAAGUUAAGGAAGAUUUCUAAGCCAAUAUACCUGAAAUCCCACGAUGAAGUUUCAUAACCCAUCAUUUAAGCUGUGAUGUUGCAAUCACAUCAUUUAAGCUGUGGACUGUAAUCCAGGUGAUUUGUGUGCACAACUGUGAAUGAAGCUGUUUUGGUCACUUGCUCACACAUUUCCUGAGGCCAAAAAGCUAACUGAUACAUUGCAUAUGAUGGAUAAGGUUGGUCUAGUAUUUAUUACACUUCAACCACUGACUCAUCAAUAAAAGUAACACUUUUCAAGGAGUGAGGUGUGAUACAAAGAUUACUUUGACGUCAGGACAAAUUACAGCAGGUUUUCAAACUCUGUUAAUCUAUAGUAGGGUUCUCUGGUGUUUUGAGGAUUAUACACGCUCAAUUGUGAUUCAAGGCAGUGCCUUGUCUAAGGGUCAGCAAAAAUCAAGAAAGUCCAGGAGAACCAAGCAGACACAGUGCCUCCACAGCUUCCGAAUGCAAGUGGGAAUACGGUGACUGCAUCAUGCAGCUGCACUCCUUCCUCUCCUGUCCCUGGAGAAACGUUCCAGUUUCAUAGUAUCCUUAUGGUGAAGUAUUGUUUCUAAACGGACAGUAGCAGAGAGAGCAGAAAUGCCACCAGUCCUUCUUUUUCCUGUUUGCAAACUGCAGAGGAGUGGCCUAGAGCCUCUAUGUCAGCUUUUUUUUUUCCCCUUCCUUUGGAGCGGGUGUGGAUGUGAAAUGCAAAGUUUGGAAUGCCAUUACACAACUCAGAGUAAAACAUUCCAGUGUUGGCUUCCUCAGUUUCCCAUGUAUGGACUGACUGAAAACUCUCCCUUCAGGGUAUCGCUAUGGGAGCAAGCUUAAGAUGCUUUGGGUGUCUUCGCUGUGCAUUUUUACAUGGUUAGCUUUUCAACAUAAUCAGCACACUGGCUUUCUCAACAAUUAUUUUAGUGUUAGGUUUUAACUCUUACGUUAUGGACAAAACCCCAACUUUGUUAAAAGAAAGUAUCUACAACUAUCUCUUCAGUCUCUUAAGUUCGAGCGGUAUUUCUGUUUCACAGGUGCCUCAUGAAUGGAAGUGAAAAGAAAUUAAUUUCCCCCUCACUGGCCACCAAUUGUUUUGGCUCCUUUUGAGUCUUCUGGCUUUACCAGGCAGUUUACAAAUUCUCUUCAGGAAAGUUAGUGGAGCCUUCUGUCCUUCAGGCUAGAAGUACCAAUGAGACCAAGCUGUGGACAAGAGCCACGCUGUACUGGGAGACUACGUAAGCACAGCCCACAGCUGCUUUAAGGACAGAGGGUAUAAGUAGUGACCUAUUCCAGCCAGCAGUUAAUGGUGGCAAAAGAACAAAUUUGAAAAAUGCAGUGUAUAUUAUUUCCUAUUAAAGUGGGCAAAACCAAUGAAAUCUCAUUUUCUGAGCUCUGCAACUCAUCCUAAACUCCCCAAGCCCUAAUAGACAACAGCAAAGAAAUAUUCGUGUCUGCCUUAAAAAUAAGUUAAAACUGGUCGUGUGCAGAACAGAAUGACAGAAUAUACUUGUAAGAGUGAAAAAAAAAUACAAGUGGAUGAGAAAGUACAAGGAAACAAUGAGAAGAGCGAGUCAGCAUGACAGGUACUGGCUAGCCCAAUUUCUCACUACCCUUUAUGGCUCCAGUCCACAAAGGUAUCUAUUCCUAUAUAAUUAUUUCCUGGGAAUACCUCAUGUGGGAAGUAACAUGUAAAAUGCCAUUGUUCCGUCUGUCAGUAGGAGCUUUGCAAAUUUACUGCUGCCAGGAAGACGCAAACCAAAACUUCUUUAGCCUAGGAAAAAGGGGAUGGAAUAAAGACAGUAAAAGAUAACGUGAUUAUACACACUGCUUAAUCCUUCAUUGAAAGAAGUCCAAAUACAGUCUUUUCCUAUCCUCAUUCUGAUAUACCAGAGUAGAGAUGUGUCAACUGAGCCAAACCAAAAUGUGCAGAGACAAGGGUUUUGAAUGGAAGCUUAGGCUCAUUCUUUGUCAUUAAACUACCAUUUGAAUCUUUUUAAUUGUUAAAAUUCAUGUGACUAAUGAAGGUACUGAUGCUGUGACUCAUCAGGUGAAUAAACAGCUAUGUAAAUGAGC